AUGAAGCAGACGUCAAUAGCUGGCCCUCCAAAUUUAAAGUAUGAAAGAAAAAAUAUCCAUGACUUGAAUGAAAGUGAUGCAGAUGGGGCAAGUCAAUGCUCAGAACUAUUUUUCAGAGGCAAAAGGGAAAAUGUCAACAUUCAGUCUCUCACCAAGAAGAUGCCUGAAAGGGGAGAUAAAUAUGGUAAUGCUUUGUUAAAAAAUGGCAGAUCAAAUUCAUCAACAAUGGAUGCAAACACAAUAGGUGGAAACACCUGCAUUGUUAAUACUUAUCAAGCUGGUAAAGAUUUCUCUGAGGCUUCAUCAGGCAGCUUUAAAAAGUGUUUGAAUGAAUCAUUACACAGCUCUUCAAGUGUCCACUGUGAGAAAAUAACAAGCUUUAAUAAGCCAAGCGUGUCAAUGACCACGGAAGACUUUAAAAAGCCAAGAACGUCAUUGAUGACCAGGGAAGGCUUUAAUAAGCCAAGCAUGUCAUUGAUGACCAGGGAAGAAAGGCUGAGAAAACAAAAAGAAAAACAGGAGAAGUUUCAGCAGAGCUUGCACCACAAGCAGCUGUGCAACAGUCCGUCCACAAGCCAGGGAGGAGAACCUGAACAGC